UCAUCAUUUCCCUCACCAUGACUCUUGCUCUCCCAGCCAUUGUCUCUGCUUCCUCCGCUGACCUCACUUCCUCAGGCAGCGGUAGUCAGUUUGACGCUGUUAUUGCAGUCUAUCCAAAGGUUUCUCAAGACCUUCUUUCAGACCUCUCCCUUAAUGCUUACAGUGCGAUUGACAAAGACUUUGGCUCGAGCCUAACAGUAGUUCCUGACCCGAACGUUGCUGGUGGCCGCCUGAUUUUGGCCCCCACUGGGUCCCUCAAUGGCGACUCGGAUGACGUGCGCAAGUUUCAGGAGACAACCAAGGCUGCUAUGAAACGUGCUCAGGCUGCUGGUGCUGUGGCCCCUCUCAUCUAUUUCCCUUAUAAGAUCGAUGGUGAUGAUGCUGAGGGCGAUUAUGUAAAGUAUAUCGAGGUUUCCCUAUUGGGCGCGCUGAGCGCUGUUUUUGAUCCUAUUGAUGUCCGUGAACAUUAUGAGAAGAUUGGCAAGAGCCAAUAUACAAUUCAAAAGAUCGGUGUCCUUAGUUCCACCAGUUCUGAACUCACGGACGAACGCAUUCAAUUUGUCAGUGCUAUUGAAUUAGGUCGCCGUGUUGCCAAAGAUCUUGGAAGUCCCAACUGCGAGCGCAUGACUCCUAUCAAGUUCACAGAGUAUGUGGAGUGCUACUUCAAACCCAAAUCGGAUAUCAAACUGACUGUUGUAGAAGACAUUAAUGUUAUCCAGAAGGAAUAUCCUCUCCUUCACGCAGUGUCCCGCUGCUCCUUGUCUGUUCCCAGACACUUUCCUCGUGUUGUCAAACUCGAGUACAAGUCAGCAGAGCCAUCCAUGGUUAAGGAAAACCUCUACUUUGUUGGAAAAGGAGUCACCUAUGAUACUGGUGGAGCUGAUAUUAAGGCUGGUGGUAUCAUGAGAGGAAUGUCUCGCGACAAAUGUGGUGCUGCUGCUGUUGCAGGAUUCAUGGCCACUGUUGCCGAACUAAAGCCUAAGCAUGUUAAUGUCACUGCCAUUCUGGGUUUGGUACGCAACUCUGUAGGUUCGAACGCUUAUGUUAGUGAUGAGGUCCUUUACUCUCGUGCUGGGCUUCGCGUUCUUGUCGGCAACACCGAUGCUGAGGGACGCAUGGUAAUGACUGAUCCACUUUGUGAAUGCAAAGAACUUGUCUUGGCUAAUCGCAAGGACGGUAUCAAUAUUCCCUCACGUCUUUUCACUGUCGCCACUUUGACAGGCCACGCCAUUCGAGCUUAUGGUCCCUAUGGUAUUUGCCUCGACAACGGACCCGCUCGCAAGGCCAACAUCAGUCCUCGCAUUCAAGCCGGUGGUCACAUUUUGGGUGAUCCUUUUGAAAUCUCAACCCUUCGGCGAGAGGACUAUGCGUAUGUCAUGCCCGGGUCUUCAGCUGAGGAUGUUGUCCAAGCCAACGACAAGUCAUCAAGUGAUACCCCCCGCGGCCAUCAGUACCCCAUGGCAUUUAUGUCCGUUGCCUCAGGGCUUUGUGAGUUUGGUUUAGACAAGGAGAAGAGGGAUCAAAUCGCCUACACUCAUGUCGACAUUGCUGCUUCAGCUGAGCAGCUUUCAGGCGUUGGCUUCAGCUUGCCAGAAGUCACUGGAAAUCCUGUCCCUUCCUUUGCUGCUGCUUUCUUAUUGUAAAAAAAAA